AUGACGACCAUCAUGAUUAUUCAUAUCAAAUCUAAAUAUACUGCUGUCGGUCGAAAGGAGAUUGUGAUGUUCUUUUACUCUUAUAUGUUGCUUACAUUCUUGGAACUGUUGCUGGUGUCAGGGAUCAUUCCAACUUCAUCAAAUGUUUACUCUUAUUUCGUAGCGGCACACGUUGGUCUUAUCUCGGUAACGUUUUGGAUACUUUUGCUUAAUGGAUUUGUCGGAUUUCAGUUUGCCGAAGAUGGUACUGCAUUAUCGCUCUGGUCGAUCCGUAUUUCAUCACUUGUGCUCUUUAGCGCAGUGUAUUUUAUAGCGAUUGCAACUUUCCGUAGUAUCGGUCCAUUCAGUAAUACAAGUCCAACGGCGCUUUGGAUCAUAAUGUACAUCUUCAAUGGGGCAGCUCUUGUCAUCUACGUAGCAUUACAGAUCGUUCUCGUCAUCAAGACCCUCGAUGAUCGUUGGCCAUUGGGUGAUAUCCUCUUCGGCGUUGCUUUCUAUAUCAUUGGACAAGUAACAAUAUACGUAUUCUCCGUCAGAAUUUGUGACACAGUUAAGCAUUACAUUGAUGGUUUGUUCUUUGGAACCAUUUGCACUCUACUGGCUGUGAUGAUGGUAUACAAGUAUUGGGAUUCAAUUACAAAGGAAGAUUUGGAAUUCUCUGUCGGAAGUAAACAGAAUGUAUGGGAGGUUAAGGAAUUACUUGUUGAGGAUGAAUUGGCUUAUUCUCAACAAGGAUAUGGUGGUGGAUAUGGACAGCAAUCCUUCGGCGGAUAUCCUCGCUAG